AUGGCUCCCAGUUACACCCGUAUUGUCUCCCUACUCCUCCUGCUGGCCAUCCAUGCAGUAGGAGUUCUCUCGAACUGGGGCCCCUACGCGGCUAGCAAAGACCAAGGAUUAAGAAAUAUACAAAACGAUGUGCUUGCAAAAGUAUCACGAGAACAAGCAUUACAUCUUGAAAGAGGCGGUUUGUACUACAAGCGGAACGACGAAGACGUUAAUUUACCCGAAAAAUACUUUCAACCAGCUCUCGAACAUGCUAAGAAGAAUGGGGUCAAGUAUGUUGAUUCACGUGACCGGUAUCUUUACUUUUAUAGCAUCAUCGAACCCAAAACCAAUCUGGGCAAAGAAUUGAACCUCAAAAGUCUUGGCAAGCACGCAUACUCCAGCGUCCUAUGGGAAUACAACCCGAACGACAACAAAAUUGAUAUCGUUUCUGUCGCAAGAGUCCAGCCCACCAUCAUAGAAAAACAAUACAACCCCAACUUCAAAUGGAAGAUGCAGCCUUUCGAAGAAGCACUGCGGCUUGUGCACUAA